AAGCACCUACGGUCAACCCAGCUGCCCAAAUAGAGAUGGGUCAUCGAGGUGGAGGGCGAAGGCAACAAGCACGAGCGAUAAUCAACAGAAACCCUAGGAUGCAAUCACAACCACCGGUAUCGAACCGAAUGCGUAUCCGAAGCUUUCCGGCCGCAAUGGACGAAAAGUAUGUGGAACAAGUGUGGGAAAUGCUGAAAAAGGCCAUACAAGAAAUACAACACAAAAACAACUCCGGUCUCAGCUUCGAGGAGCUUUACAGAAACGCCUACACAAUGGUGUUGCACAAGUUUGGGCAAAAAUUAUACAUGGGACUGAAGCAAGUCGUCGAGGAACAUCUCACCAAUCAUGUUCGCCCUAAGAUAGUCGAAGCUUUUGACUCCGGGAACUUUCUUGAAGUUAUCAAUGAGGCAUGGAGUGACCACACAACAGCUAUGAUGAUGAUCCGCGAUAUCUUGAUGUAUAUGGAUCGUGUCUACGUUGAACUAAAGAAAGUGGAGCCGGUUUAUCACCUGGGCUUAGAAAUUUUCCGAGAUCAGAUUCUUUAUCAAGAUUUCAUACACCUUCAUCUAAGGACAACACUCUUGUCACUCAUACAACAGGAGCGCCAUGGAGCUGUUGUGAACUGGAUAGGAAUCAAAAAUGCUUGUCAGAUGCUGAUUUCGCUUGGUAUUCAUUCGCACAAGAUUUAUACUAACGAGUUCGAGGCGCCCUUUCUUGUUUCCACUGCGGAUUAUUACCAUACCCUAAGCAUGUCCUAUCUGGUUGUAAAUACUGCCAGCUUGUAUGUCAAGAGGGUUGAGCACUGGAUACGCGAGGAAUCCGAGAGAGCCAAGAGGUAUUUGGAUCCUCAGACUGAGAGUAAACUUCUCGACGUGUUAGAACAUGUACUUAUCAAUGAACACAUGCAUACGAUCGUGAACAUGGAACAUAGCGGUGUACAUGUUAUGCUCGAUAAUGAUAGAUAUGAUGAUCUCGCUUCUCUCUACACACUACUGCAACGAGCUGAAGGUGGACUCGAGAUUAUGGGCGACGCUAUCAGCAGAUACCUCCGAAAAACUGGCGCUUCCACUGUGAAAGAAGAUCGCCAGCGCACCCCUAUUGGCUUUAUAGAGGAUUUGCUGGAUCUCAAGGAGAGAUUUGACGAAUUUCUCUUGAUGUCUUUCCAACGCGAUAAAGCGUUCAAGAAUAUUAUUCAAGCUGAAUUUGAAACUUUCAUCAAUCUCAACAAGAAUAGUCCGGAAUAUCUAUCACUUUAUAUGGACGAGAAUUUACGAAAGGGAGUGAAAACGGAGAAUGAAGAGAACGCCGAAAAACUUUUGGACAGAGCAAUGGUUUUGUUCCGUUUUCUCCAGGAGAAGGAUGUUUUUGAAAAGUAUUACAAGCAGCAUAUGGCAAGACGACUGCUGCUUGAUAGAAGUCUCUCGGAUGACAUGGAAAGGAUGAUGAUCAGCAAGCUCAAGACGGAAUGCGGCUAUCAAUUCACUCUAAGGCUGGAGAACAUGUACCGCGAUAAGGAGCUAUGGUCGACUCACGCUACUGCUUUCAGAAAAUUCAGUGAUUCUUUACCCGAUGAAAAAGUGAUUGAUAUCUCAGUACGCGUACUGACAGCUGGUGUUUGGCCUACUCAAAGUGCCCCUGUGUGUAUCUUACCUCCAGUUUGUGAGCACGCAUUCAAUACGUUCACCAACUUUUACGUAACUAAACAUAAUGGUCGCAAGCUUACCUUGAACACAAUGCUGGGCACAGCAGAUGUGAAAGCUGUUUUCUAUGGAAGCAAUGCAGGAAAGCCUGGGCCUUCUGAUGCGCCCGAACCUGAGAAAGAAGAAACUAAGAUCCUUAUGGUCAAUACUCAUCAAAUGGUCAUUCUUAUGUGUUUCAACAAUCAACCACGGCUCACCUAUCAAGAUCUUCGUGAACAAACACGUAUCGCGGAAAAGGAACUGAAACGUAAUCUACAGUCGCUGGCAAUGGGUAAACUUACUCAGCGCAUUUUGUGCAGAAAGGGUAAAGGAAUAGACUUAGAUGCCUUGGACGAAUUCUCAGUUAACGACGGCUUCCAAUCAAAGCUUACACGCAUCAAAGUCCAACUCGUGACAGUCAAAGCAGAGACUGAGCCCGAGAAAAAGCAGACGAGGACAGAGGUGGAAGACGACAGAAAACACGAAGUUGAAGCAGCUAUUGUCAGGGUUAUGAAGUCAAGGAAAUCGCUCACCCACAACAACCUCGUUACGGAGGUAACGCAACAACUCAAGCAACGCUUCACACCAACUCCUCAGUUGAUUAAAAAGAGAGUAGAGGCCUUGAUUGAAAGAGAUUAUCUGGCGCGGGAUGCCCAGGAUCUCAAGCUUUACAAUUACAUUGCAUGAUCCUUUUAACGUGAUUCUUGUUGUGACCAACCCACAAACUAAACAUGAAUCUAUUACUGUGCUAGAAUAAUAAUUAUGCCUUUCUUGUCUCUUUUCAGUUUUGCGGUCUUCCUCGGAUAAUUGUUUUGCUUCUACUAUUGUCUAUUAUCUCUGCGUCUAUAUGGGUCUUUGUCUGUGUUCUGAAGACAGAACACUGUUAAAGUUCGUAUCUCAUCUUGUAACAUAUCUUCUCUGAAAAAUUGUUUUCCUGUUGUCCACGAGUGAUAGAAGUGCCCGGUGUAUUGCUAUGCGCAAUUAUUAUCUCAGCAAAGUUUCGAACACAUCUCGGAUUUGAUCAGUUGUGCUCUUGCAUAGCUUUUUGCAGAACUUCGUGUGUGUGUCUAGAUGGGGUGCUUACAGGGUUUUCCAGCCCAUUUGGUUGUGGUCUACUUUUUUUUCAAAAUUUCCGAACAAGGCAUGAUCAUUGGACUUCCGGGUCGAUUGUACAUUUGUUUUUGCUCAUUUCUUCCUGUCAAAGUAAACCUUUGUUCUUUG